UCAUGGCCCACGAAACAACCCCCCUGCUCCACCCCGGAAAGCACAACCACCAAGCCCACUGGAUCUUAAUCCUCCUCUGUAUUGUAAUCGUCACAAUCGACUUUGGCAGCGCUCUGUCCGCCGCCCCGCAGACCCAGAUCCUAGAGGACAUCGUCUGCCGCGCCCUCCACCGCGAUGCAGUCAUUUCUGCAUCAACAUGCAAGGGCGCCGACGUCCAGAGCGAACUUGCGCUGAUCAACGGCUGGAAAGAAACUUUCGAUCAAAUCCCGGGGAUUAUUAUCGCCCUGCCAUAUGGCUUCAUGGCUGAUCGGGUCGGCCGAAAGCAGGUCGCGAUGCUGAGUAUGUUGGGGCUAACGCUGCAGGAGGUUGCUGUGCGGAUAAUCUGCUGGCAUAGUCCUACAAUAUCCCCACGCGCGAUCUGGUUUACAUCUGUAUUCCAACUCUGUGGCGGCGGAGCUCAGAUCGCCAGUUCGAUGGUGUUUACUAUUAUGUCGGAUAUCUUUCCUGUUGACAAAAGAACGAACAAGUUCUUCAUGUUACAAGCCGCCAUGCUAGUGACUGAGAUUGUCGGUAGUCCGAUCAGCGCAUGGCUGAUGACUAUAUCUUCACCUUGGCUUCCGUAUCUUCUUGGGCUGUUCUGUGAAUUUCUUGCCCUGACUGCUUUUCUGGCUAUUCCGGAGACACUGCCGGGGAAGCUGGACUCCGACUAUUCGCACACAGCGGACGACACAAACAGAGCAGAAAACAAACGAGUUCGGGUCAUCAAACUCGCAACGACGCAAAUGCUACGCGUAAAGCAACUGAUAUGGGGAAAUAGAAACGUCCUCGCAAUAACGGCGGCAUUCUUUUCCGCGACUGCAGGCAUACAGGCCAAGGGGCUAGUACUGCAGUUUGCGUCAAAGAAAUUCUCCUGGUCAAUGGGGGAAGCAAGUCUCCUCUUCUCGCUAAAAGGAAUAAUAAACCUAGUUCUCCUACUGGCCAUUCUCCCUGCACUGUCCGAGCAAUUACAAACCCGCUUUGGGCCGGCCCGAAGGGACCUCUUAAUCGCCCAAGGGAGUGCUCUCUUCCCUGUCUUUGGAUUCACUCUCAUGGGGUUCGCCUCGCACCCAGCUCUAUUUAGCACCGGAAUGACGAUUCUCGCGCUUGGCUCGGGAUUCUAUGCUGCGCUGCGUAGUCUGGCUAGUUCGUUGGUGCCAGAGACACAGGCUGGACUGCUGAAUACGACUAUUGGGUUAGUGCAGGGCGUUGGGGGUAUGGUUGCUGGUCCUGCACUUGCGGGGGCGUUUAGUUAUGGUAUGAAACUUGGGGGACCGUGGAUUGGACUGCCGUAUUUUGUUGCUGCUGUGUUGUUUACAGGUGCUGGGCUGGGGAUUUGUGGGGUGACCCUAAGCAAUGCGCCUGAUGAUGGGUUCGUAUAGAUAAUAUAUUUGAUUUAAUAAAGACGCCUGUAGACCAAAUCCGCGACCGGCUGUCUUACUAUCUUGAUCCAUAUCAUU